UUAUCCGAUUCCCGUUUGAAAGCCGAGGAAAUGCCAGAAUUGUAUGCCACGCGAGCUGCAGGGUCAGACAGUGAGAAGGAUGCGGCUGUGGGUACUCAACUGCUAACCCGCCCUGACCUAUGAUGGAGCUUGAUCUCGAGUCCAUCCUCCAUUCUCAUGCGCAGACCAUCGCUGAGGACGAUGAUGAAUAUCACUUUCUACAUCACCGAACCGUCGAUGAAAUCCUCUUCAACCACUCUUCCUCUUCUUCUUCACCUUCGCAUUCUCCUCCUCAUUCUUCUUCCACUUCGUAUUGUCUUCAGGAACAAUCCGACUGCAGCUCAGUCUCUUCCGAAACCCUAAGGUUAACUCAUUCCCCGUUGCUCUCUUCACAACAGAGACCGCCUGGUACAGUCAUUACAACUAGAUUAAAAUCCGACGAUAUUUCUUAUUUGCCUCCGUUUCUCACGGGUGCCAAGCCUGGGGCUGCUCUGGCUGCAGCUGCUGCUGCGUCGCGCUCCAUUCCCACCCCACACGCUGUCGCAAUUAGGAGAGCAGUUUCCAGCUCUGCAACCGCGGCAGAGAUUGCCUCUUCUGGUAGUGCUAUCCAUGUUGAGUGCUUAGGGGCCACUAGAGAUGAAUCCUCAUCUGAGACCAAUGACUCUAUUUUUAUAUUGGAUAAUAAUGGCCUACCUGCUCAAUUGCAAAGAACUAACCGGUCUGAUAUAAGGGGAGAGCUUUCCAUUGAUGUUUCCGGCCAAGCUCAGGAGAAUUUGAGCCGAACAAGUAGAGUUAUUGCUACAACCCAUGCUGAUAAUGAAAGUGGCUUAUUAUUAUUAGUUUCCAAGGCUGACAGUUCCUGCAGAGCUUUCUCCAUUGCCCCAGUUGAAACCAUCAGAACAGAAAGAUGUUCUGAUGUUGAUGGGGAAUCUCUACAGGAAGAGUUAGUUGAGAGAAAAUGUGAUAAUGAUUCACAUUUACUGGCAAAUGAAGAUACUGAUGUGCCUGCUGAAGUCAGCACUAAUUUAGAGGAGAUCCACCCUCUAGAUGAGGAAGUAACUCCAGCAGUUUCUGAAAAGCACAAAGAGAACAUUGUGUCUGAGUCUCGUGAUCGUGAGGUUCCUUCUAGAGAUAGAGAUAAUAGCUCUGAAAAUGAUUCUGCAGAGGUAUUGCUAGAGAAGCUAGUACACGAGGAGAUCGGGACUAGUAUGAUAAUCAAAGAAAAGAAAUCCCUUCCUUUAUUAAGCCCUAUUCAGUUAGCUGAAGAACUUGAAAAGAAGCAGACAUUUGCUGGAAUGCAUUGGGAGGUGGGUGCUGUGGCCCAACCUAUGAGGCUUGAGGGCGUUCAUAGGGAUUAUACUCCCUCAAGUUACUUUGACGUUAGUGCAGAAAACACUCUUACUCAAAACUUUUCUUCAUCUAAGUUCAGACAAGAUCAUGGUUCCCCACAGGUUCUGACAGUUCACAUGAGCUACAUAGCUGUGGGAAUGUCAAAAGGACUGGUUCUCAUUGUGCCCAGCAGAUAUACACCUUAUCAUGCCGACACAAUGGAUUCAAAGAUGUUGAUGCUGCGUUCACAUGGAGAGAGGACUCAUAUUCCUGUAACUUCUUUGUGCUUCAAUCAUCAAGGGGACUUGCUCUUUGCAGGAUAUGGUGAUGGACAAUAUACAGUUUGGGAUGUGCAAAGGGCAUCUGCUGUUAAAGCUGUGAUUGAACAUAAAGCUCCAGUAGUUCACCUUUUUAUCUUGGGUCAGGAUUCUCGCCAGUUUAAUGUGGUCAGUGGUGAUAGUAAGGGUAUAGUCAAAUUGAUUCGUUUUUCCAUAGUGCCCUGGAUCAAUAGGAUUUCACAUUCUAAAUCAACGAAGCUGCUAGAUGAAACUACAAGCACUGUAGUCUGUGCUUCUCCAUUACUCUCUGGGAACAUUCUGGCAAAUGCUCCAACGCCUUCUCUAGACAAUACUACUGUUUCCAGUGUUGGUAGUGUGAUGGGAGGCAUGGUUGGUGGAGAUACUGGGUGGAAACUCUUCGAUGGAACUUCUCAGGGUGAUGAAGGUGUGGUCGUAUUUGCCACUCAUCAAUCUGCUCUAGUGGCUAAAGUGAGUCCUGAUAUAGAGGUUUAUGCUCAACUUCCCAGGCCAGAUGGUGUUAGGGAGGGUUCCAUGCCCUAUGCUGCUUGGAAAUGUAUGCCAGAAAUCAAUACUUCUUCAAAUGAAAAUGUGCCUGUGGAAUCAUCACAAAAAGUUUCACUGCUUGCAAUUGCGUGGGAUCGGAAAAUUCAAGUUGCCAAGUUAAUAAAAUCAGACCUCAAAGUUUUUUGGGAAUGGACUCUCGAUAGUUCAGCAAUUGGUGUGGCAUGGUUGGACGAUCAGAUGCUGGUAAUUCUUACAACAACAGGUAAGCUCUGUUUGUUUAAAAAAGAUGGAAAUGUGAUCCACAAGGCAAAUAUCUUCACUGAUGGGCUUCAAGGAGAUGAUCUGAUUUCAUACCAUUCAUAUAUUAGUAAUGCCAAUGGAAACCAUGAUAAAGCUCAUCACAAUUGUAUAGCUGUUAGGGGGGCCAGUGUAUACAUUCUAGGAACUACACAGCUUGUUGUCUCCCGCCUCCUCCCUUGGAAGGAGCGGAUAGAAGUUAUGAGAAAAGCAGGUGAUUGGAUGGGUGCAAUGAGCAUAGGAAUGGCACUUUAUGAUGGUCAAGCUCUUGGUGUAAUUGACCUCCCUAGAAAUUUAAGUGAUGUUCAGAAGACUGUUAUGCCAUAUCUUGUUGAAUUACUAUUAUCAUACGUGGAAGAGGUAUUCUCAUACAUGUCGGUAGCAUUGAACAACCAAAAUGGGAAGCUGUGCCAAUCAGAUAAGUCAAAUGGUAGAGACCAUCAAAUGCAACCUGAAAUUAAGGAGCAGUAUGCACGGGUUGGUGGUGUUGCUGUUGAGUUCUGUCUCCAUAUCAAGAGAACUGAUGUACUAUUUGAUGAAAUUUGGAAAAGAUUUGAUAAUGAAAAACAGCAAGACACAUUCCUGGAGCUUUUAGAGCCAUACAUAUUAAAAGAUAUGCUCGGUUCCCUGCCACCAGAGAUCAUGCAAGUGCUAGUGCAACAUUAUAGCAAUAAAGGUUGGCUGGAACGAGUUGAACAGUGUGUUCUCCACAUGGAUAUCUUAUCCUUAGAUUUCAAUCAGGUUGUUCGCAUAUGCAGGGAGCACAUGUUGUAUGGAGCACUGAUAUACAUGUUCAACAAAGGUCUUGGUGAUUUUAAGGCACCCCUGGAGGAGCUAUUUUCAGUUAUAAGAAAUAGCAAAGGAGACACUUCUGUGUCAUUUGGGUACAAGGUGCUUGUGUACCUGAAAUACUGUUUCCAGGGUCUUGCUUAUCCUCCUGGCCAUGGUACUCUCGCUAGAGAAAUUCUUCCAUCUAUUAGGGAAGAACUUGUGCAAUUUCUAUUGGAAGAGUCUUCCACAUCAUGUUCAAUAACAAAUGCAAGCUUUCCAAUCAACGGGCCACACCCCAACCUGCUUUAUCUAUUACAAUUGGACAUUGAAGCUACAUUAGAUAUAUUGCAAUUGGCAUUUGUUGAAGAAGAUCCACAAAUGAACCAUAUUUCUGGUGAUUCAACAAAUUCAUACACCACACUAGCUGAAGCAGAUGUUUUUUCUCAAGGCCAAAACUUGCUCCAAGAACUAGUAAAUGUUUUAGCUGCAUUGCUUGAUGCAUUUUCUUUGCAAAGUGGCUACUCUUGUAGCAAUAGUGAUGGUAGACCCAUCAGUAUCUGGCCUUCAAAAAGAGAGGCAGACCAUAUUUUGGACUUCAUUGCUUAUUAUGUUUCUUGUAAAAAGGCUAAAAUCUCGAAAGGCACCCUAAGUCAAUUGUUUGAGUAUUUGACUUCUGAGACCGGUUCCUCUAUUAGUGCAUAUGAGAAUAAUGAAGUUUUAAAGAGAAGACAAAAAAAAUUGGUUUCACUCCUUGAAGUAUUGCCGGAGCAUGAAUGGGACGCUCCUUACUUGUUACAUUUAUGCGAGAGGGUUCAGUUUCACCAGGCGUGCGGCUUAAUUCAUUCUACCAGACAUCAGUAUCUUGAUGCGUUGUACAGUUAUAUAAAAUCUGUGGAUGAGCCAAUUCAUGCCUUUUCAUUUAUUCAUAGCAUGCUACAACAACUGAGAAACAAAGAAGCGGAUGCUUUCCAGUAUGCAGUAAUGUCUCGAAUCCCUGAUCUAGUCAAAAUAAGCAGGGAGGAAACUUUCUUUAUUGUCGUUAGCCAUUUCCGUGAGAAGUUCGAAUACAUUUUGUCCAUGCUACACUCUGAUCCAAAAAGUCUCUUCCUUUACUUAAAGACACUCAUUGAGGCUCAAUUAAGUAGAACUCUCCAAUUUUCUUCCAUCGGAAAUCUUAAUGCUUUAGAAUUUGAUUGUCGGAAUAAGGGAAUGCAUCAGUCACAAAAGAUUCAAGCAUAUCUGGAAACCCUGUCUCAAUUUCCAAAAGUAAUGCAAGACUAUCCACUUCACAUGACUGAUGAAAUGACAGAGUUAUAUGUUGAGCUUUUGUGCGAGUAUGAACGCGAUUCAGUUUGCAAAUUCUUGGAGAGUCUUGAAAGCUAUAGGGUGGAACACUGUUUACGUUUGUGCAUAGAACAUGGAAUUAUAGACGCGGCUGCUUUCUUGUUCGAAAGGGUCGGUGAAAUUGGAAAUGCACUCUCCUUCUUACUUUCCACCUUAAAAAAUAAGUUCAUCUUACUUGAUACUGCCAUCCAGAAGGAGCUACAUGGUGCCGAGGUUGAGCACUUUUAUAACAUUUUAGAGUCUAAAGAGGUCAAUGACAUAGUUGAAGUGGUGCACAGCUGUAUUUUGCUGUGCCAGCGAAAUAGUCACAGGCUUGAUCCUAUCGAGUCUGAAUGCCUUUGGUUUCAGUUGCUUGAUUCGUUCUGUGAACCUUUAGUGGAUUCAUUAAGCGAUACUGUGAUACAUGGGGCCAAGAGUGCUGGAGUUCCAGUCAAUUCAAUGAGAGAUCUAAACGAUGAGGGGGCUUACAGAAUCGAGUGCAAAGUCUCAAAGUCUUGUCAGAAUGCAGUGCUGAGGAGAUUGUUCUCCUUCUUCAUUAAAGAGAUUGUUGAGGGAAUGAUAGGGUAUGUUCGCUUGCCGACCAUAAUGUCAAAGUUGCUUUCCAAAAAUGCUAGCCAGGAAUUUGGAGAUUUUAAAAUCACCAUAUUGGGGAUGCUUGGAACCUAUGAUUUUGAAAGAAGAAUUUUGGAUACUGCAAAAUCCUUGAUUGAGGAUGAUACAUACUAUACCAUGAGCUUACUCAAGAGGGGGGCAUCUCAUGGUUAUGCCCCUCGCAGCCUUACGUGCUGUGUAUGCAAUUUUCUUCUGUCCAGAAGUUCUUCUAGUGUUCAAAUAUUCAGCUGUGGUCAUGCAAUACAUCUGCAUUGUGAACUUCUUGACAGGGGUGAACCCUUGAAAGGUUCACAGGUUGAAUGUACAGUUUGUAUGCCUAGAAAGAAUUUCCAUAGGCCAAGAAGUAAACCCAUGACGGAGAAUGGAUUAGUGAGCGAGACUUUAACAUCUCAGCAAGGACAUGGUACAAAUGCAUUAUACCCAUACGAUCACGAUUUUAUUGACAUCUCCUUGGGUCUCCAUCCUGUUUCAAGGUUUGAGCUAUUGAGUAAUCUUCAGACACAGCCGAGGUUGAAACAUAUAGAACAAAUACCCAAAUUGAGGCUAGCACCACCUGCUCUUUACCACGAAAAGGUAACCAAGAGGAUAGAAUUCCCAAUGGGAGAAAGCUCAUCAAAAGUGGAAAAACCAAACAAGAUGUUGAGGGACAAAAAAUUGAAGGGGUCGGCUUUAAGGUUCCCCUUGAAAACAAAUAUGUUUGGUAAAGAAAAGAGAAGCGUUAACUGACAGAAUGCUGGACAGCACGUCAGCACAGACUACGUAAUAUUUCUCGACAGCAGCACGUCCAAGUAUUUCCAUAGGGUUUUCAAGUUUCUUUUUUUGAUAACAAACUAGACUUUCAUUGACAGGUUUUUAGUUGGAAUUAAAUUUCUAUGGGCCACUUUAUUUAUAAGUAAUUUUAUUAAAUAUUACUACCUCUGGGCUCUGUCCCUCUAUGUUAAGUAAUUUUAUUAAAUAUUACUACCUCUGGUCUUUUCCUUGAAUAUUACCAAAUAGGAGGGGAGGGGGGGGGGGGACAUCAAUGGCGCAUGGUGAGGUAGUUGGUGGUGCGAUGCCAAUUGCAGAGACGUAAAAGGAUAAAGAGAGUAACAUUGAAUCUCACUUUUAAAAACCAACUUGUUGAGGCUUAUUCUUUCAACUUCAAAGGCCAACACCUUCCUUUGAGUUUCGUAUGGUGUGUUUAUUGGAUUGAAUAUAGUGAAUGACGCAAGCAAUAAAUGGGCAAGCAAACUUGAUAAUAAUGAACGAUUACAUCGCAUCCUAUUAUCAAUUGAGGCCGAUCGUCUAUCUAAGCUGAGAAGGCAACGAGAUGAUUGCUAUAGCUAGUGAGUACGAGUUGACAACCCCUAACUAUGAAGCUAGGGUUUGUUAUCUGCACCUUCGUACGGGUGAAGUCAACGGAAGGAAGACGUGGUUUAUGCUUCCUUAUUUCUUUCAAAACUAUGAACACUCUCAUGGAUAUUUGAAUGACUAAACUAUUUUGGGCCUGCGAGCCCAUGUUUUGGACGGAUGUGGCCCAUGACUUACCAUUGUUAUUCAUUGGUUUAAAUGUGAUGUUGUCAUGUAUGUUUACUUACUUAAUA